AUGACAUCUUCUGACAAUAUCCCACAGGGACUCAUUGUCACUGCCAAACAGACAUACUAUCCCAUCGAGCUCUCGAAUGCUGAGCUUCUAGCACAUUACGAGACGAUCCAAGACUACCACCAGGACAUAUCCGCAAACGUAAUAUCACAAUCAUGCAAAUUCAAACCGGAUCCCAAAUUGAUCGAGCAACAGCCGGAAAUGAAUCUGCACCAGACCCGUCAGCAGGUUAUGACGGUUCUGUUUGAGCUGGCAGUCAAGACCCGCGUCACAAACGGUAUUUUUUUCCACGCGGCCCGACUUUACGAUCGCUACUGCUCCAAAAGAGUGGUGCUCAGAGAACAGGCCAAACUGGUCAUUACUACAUGUCUGUGGCUAGCAGCCAAAACAUGGGGCGGCUGCAACCAUAUUAUCAACAACAUUUCAGUGCCAACAGGCGGCCGAUUCUACGGGCCUAAUCCAAGAGCACGCAUUCCCAGACUUUCAGAACUCGUACAUUACUGCGGCGGGGCCGACGUUUUUGACGAGAGUAUGUUUCUGCAAAUGGAGAGACACAUCCUGGACACUUUGAGCUGGGACAUCUGUGAACCGAUGGUUACCGACUACGUGCUCAACGUAGACGAAAACUGUCUUAUCCAGUACGAACUUUACAAGAGACAAAUCGAGCACAACAAGGAAUGGUUUCACAGAAACUCCCAAUCUUCAGACAGCGAUGCCACGGAGGCAGACGAGGAAGAAGACGAAGAUCUGGUUGUGAAAAUACAAUUGAUUAACGUGAAAAAAUUCCUGAUAGAUCUAGCCACUUGGCAAAACGAGCUUCUCAAAUAUGAAAUGUUUGAGCUUGCUCACGGAAUUUUCUCCAUCAUCAACAAAUUCACAGGUCAAGAACAGGGUCCGCUGCUGCUGGCGCCGCUACCGACAUCGGCAAGCCAAGAGCGUCUUCUUAGAAUCUUCAUUCUGGGUGUGGCAAGAGCCCCAUCAUCGCUACUGAAAUAUUACGAGGAAAGUCCUGGCGUAUUGGCGUUUGUCGAUGCGGUCAAAGAAUACUACGCGCUGGAGCAGAAAAAUAUGCAACUUGCGUCGCGGAAGGAUCUUUCCCGCACAUCAACGCUUUCCUACGACGUUCCAUCAAUGCCUUCUCCUCCUUACCAGGGUGGCACUUACACACCUAUGAGGAAUACAUCCGCGCCCUCAGACGUCAGCAUAUUCAGCACUACCGAAUCUCAGCCUUCGCCUGUGACACCUGUCAUGUACUCCUUUGCACAUAAAGCACAAUCCGGAAGUGCGUGUGGAUCCACGCUCAGCGUAAACAGCAUAUCAAACAAACGUUCCAAACCACACGAUUACGAGAGCAUGGACCAAGACAAAGAAAACUACAAUCAUAGCACUUCUGGCUCAACUUUUGCCAUCCCGCCUCGUGCCAAGUUUGUUGGAAACAGUAUAUUCGCAUCUGGUGGCACAUCUACCACCAACAGUAACCGAUCGUCACUGGUUUCGCUUGCCAUCAGUAACGUUAAUAACAUGGUGUGA